AUCUUCUGUUUCCCAUAUGCACCCCCUUCCCCGGUGAGAGAGAACCUUGCCGUAAUCCUUCAGAUGGGUUUCUCAACCUAAUUACUUGGGAGCUAGAACCAGAUGGAGCUCUUGAUCGUUGCCCAUGUGCUCAUGGGUUGAUUUGUCAGAAGCAGAGUUAUAGCAGCGACUCUCUUUGUGAAUUAUCACUGAACAAGACUCAAAGUGAGGACAAAAAACAACUACUAGCGGAUGAAUUAUCACUUCUGGACUUUGUAACCCAAGAUAUUCCUGAUGAAUAUGAAGAGAGACUGAUCAAAGAAGUGCAGAAAGAACUGGAAGAUGGACUGGCUGAUUCAGGGAAAUUAGCUAUGACUAGUGACUUUUUUGGAGAGGAAAUAUAAGUCCAGCAAGUUAAUUGAUCACACGUGCACUAUUAUUGCUAUUUCCAGAAUUAUCAUACACGUAUGGUAUAACUGCACCUCUCUCUGCUGCAUAGAAGUGCAGUUAAGUCCAUUUAAAUAGAUUCAUGAAAAUAGAUUCCUCUUCUAAAGUUCAAGCUAAAUAUAAUGGGUAGAGAUCACUUCUUUUGUAAGCACUGUUUUGAGAUGGUUAAGAAUUAGGGUUGAAUUAAUUUAAGCCGGGUGGUUUGAAUUAUGUAUUUCUUGUAUAUAUUGCUCCUUUAAAAAAAAAAUCCAGCUAUUUCUUCCUUAUUAAAGCUCAACAACACUGAAGGAUGCUAUGUACUUUGUGACCAGAACCUAUAGGAUCUUGAUAUCUAGUAUAUAUAUAUAGUAUUAACAGGAGAGUCUGUUUUAAUUAGUUAUGUUGAUUACACCGGGUAGAAGUGGUAGUCUGUGAGCUGCACAUCUUAGUUUGGAAUGAACAUUUCCUGAAGGACAAUAUGGCUGAAAUUGGGUGGGUUGUACAGCAAUAGUACAAGUACUGCAAAAAUGUGUUUAUCUAUAAAUAGCAGUUAUGACUUAUAUACCACUUCACAGCCUUCUAAGUGGUUUAGUCAGCGUAUUGCCCCCAACAAUCUGGGUUCUCAUUUUACUGAUCACAGAAGGAUGGAAUGGAGUCAACAUUGAGCCGGUGAGGGUUGAACCUCUGGCAAUGUAUACCUUUUCCAUAGUACAGCUCCAAUCAGCCUUAGCUAUUAAGCUUCUUCAAACAAGAAAAUGCAAUUAUAGUUUUUUGUUUUGUUUUUUGGAGUAUCUGAAGAAUAGAACUUUUCUUGAUUUUCUUUUAAAUAACCAUCUUACUAUGGCAUAGAAAUCUUAUUUCCAACCCUUAUAUUUUUAGCAGCAUUAUAGUUAGUUAUAGUUUUAUUGAUUUGUAUGCCGCCCACUCCCGAAGGACUCCGGGCGGCUUACAAUAAA